UAGUUCCUGGUUUUGAUUUCCUGACACAGACGGAUUGCUUGUUUUAGUAUUUUUCGCUGGAGUGCAUACACGGCCUCAUCAUCAGAGUCAGUAGAGUGGCAGACGUAAAAUAUAUCUUCAGCUGUACCGGAUUGAUCACGGAUUUCCGCUCUCAGAUGGAGGAGGCGUAUGCAGCACUGUACCAGGAGUUUGUCCGUCUCCAGUCUCUCUGCUUAAAACAAGCAGCAAUAAUACAACAUCUCUCUGACACAAUACAACGACAACAAGGUUUAGCCACGGCUCCAACUAUGAACUUUGAGGAAAAGUCAGGACACCGACCCCAUCCUGCAGAACGCCAUGAUCAAGAACCACUAAGAGAUCCCAAUGGACCACACAUACUGGGCUCUCAAACUGUUAGUGAUCUCAGUCAAAUUGAUAGAGGACUAGACAAACUGCAUCUUAACCUGGACAUGCCAGAUCAGAAACAGGAUGACCACGAUAAAGCAGUUUUCCACUAUCCGGUAAAGACGACAGAAAACAGUGCCUUGGAUGACCUGAGGAGAGUUGAGCAAAAUUAUUAUGCUAACCAGACUUCACAGAGACUGCGGAGGCCCUGGUCAUCCUCGUUUCUGGACAGUGAGUUGGUCAGUCAAGCUGGAGGGCUGUUCAUGUCUGGAGUCACGCUGCAGUCACAGGUGUGUGAGUUCUGUCACGCUGUGUUUCCUGGACACACAAGCACCCGCGGAGAGUUUCUGCGUCACCUCACUACACACAUGACCUGAAGGAAAGCGAUCCUGGGAAUCAAAUUCAUCAGAAAAUUAAGAUGAGAUGAUAAGUAAACGGACUGGUAAUGUCAGAUUUUAAAACUAUUGGAGGUUUGGUCAGUGAUGAUCUAGAUUAUUUUUAUUAAAUUCCACAAAGUUGUACUGCAAGUAUGCAAAUAUGAUAAAGUGAGAAGAAAAACAGAAUAACGUUAUGAUUCAUCGCCUAGUUUGAUCUUCUAAUUAUAUGGUUCCAUCACAAAAAGUGUCUUGUUUUGUACCAGUAGAAAUGGUUUAUAUCAUUAUUUUUUAGAAUGAUAUACUGUUUUUACACAAAUGCUGAGAUAUGAGAGUGAUAUCAGUAUAGUGCUGUCUAGCAAUUCAAUAGUAAAUACACUGGAACAUGUUAGAAUGUAGAGAAUCAAUGGAUCACACCAACUGGUAGUGUGAAUGCUGUAAAACCUCAUUAGUUUAUCAGUGGUUAUGUUUAAAUGAACACCAGUGCUAUGAUAAAGGACAGCAAGUUAUCGGCAGAUUAAGACCCUUUUACAUGACAUGGCAAAUCUCUUUAGUCUUGUUUACAUCCUACUUAAUGUUACUUUUUAGUGUUCAUAAAAUAAUAAUAAUAAUCUGCAAUUUAUUGCUUUGAAAAAGGCAGCCUUCAAGGCACUCCAGCACACAAGGACAUGCUCUUACACAACACAGUCUAGCCUAAAGGGAUACUUCACUCAAAAAUCUGUAAUUUAAGCCUGUAUUUUCUGAAUUUAUUUUGUCACAAUGGUCCGAAACAACUCUUUUGACUUUAAUUUCAUAUGGACGAAAAUCCUGCAAAGUAUCUUUCAAAAUAUCCUCUUUUGUGUUUCACAGAAUAAAGAAAUAUAGAGUCCCACA